CGCACGCGGCCGCCGUGCGGGAUAAAUCUGCAGAGGAGGCACCUGGGCACGCAUCGAUCGGCCAAUUGCCGAAUGUGGCGGCAGUCGGCGCCGCGGCAGCGCCGAUGGAAUACGCACGCUUAUUGCGACGUGUGCGAUCGCGUAUUGAUUUUGUCAUUAGGCCGAACGGGCGUGCUUAUUGGACGGCGUUAGAAAAUCGAUAAUCCAGGCUGAAUUGAUCGUCGGUUUGCAGCUCUGGCUCGUCUCGCAGUCGGUCCCGGCCUCGCACGGCGGCACACACACACGCGCGCGUCUCGCCCUGACGCCAGGUCGCCAUGAGUCUUGCCGAGCAACCUGUCGAGGAGGAAAACUUCCAGCUCGUGUGGCACAACCACCAGAGCAACUUCCACGAGGUGGUGGGCGACCUCCUGACCAGUGAGGCAUUCGCUGACGUGUCGCUGGUGUCCGAGGGCUGCAUGGUGCGCGCCCACAGGCUCGUGCUGUCCGCCUGCAGCCCCUACCUGCACGGCCUGCUGAGCGCGCUGCCCGCGGCGCCCAACGUGCACCCCGUCCUGUUGCUACCCCCCGAGGUGUCGCUCGGCACUCUGCGCACGCUCCUCGCCUUCAUGUACCACGGCGUGGUGCACGUGCCGCACGCCGCGCUCGUCGCCGUCCUCCACGCUGGAGACAUUCUCAAGGUGCGAGGAUUAUGCAGAGAGGAUGCUCCGCCGCGGGAAACUCCCUUGCCGCCUCAGCCGACCCCUUCUCCGAUGCAACCCGCCAGGCCCGAUUCUGUGCCCACCCCGCAAAACCAAGAUCAAACGUCCUGCGUCAAGGAAGAGCCAUUCGACUGGAGUCUGGAGCAGGUGGUCCAACACCACCUGGCAGAACCUGACAACCCCGAGAAACAAACUUUGCCGCUUUCCACCUGCAGCGCGCACUACCAAAAAGACAAAAGCAAGAAAGAGAAUUUUGAUGAGGAAGAGCCAACCCCGCUGGAGUGCGAGCAAUGCCAUCAGGUAUUCCCGCAUGCAGCGCAGUGGGUGCGCCACCUGAAGAUCCAUCCGCCAGUGGCCGAGCCACUACGGCCGGCCAAGCCGCAAGCUGUGCACCAAAAGGUGAUGCCGAAGGUGACUGAGAAGCGGCUCAAGUUCGUGGGCAGGAAGGUGCGUGUCGGUCCAUUGGAAUCAGCCACGGCGCGGGCCCGGCGGCCGCACUCGUGCUACAGCUGCGGCAAGCGUUUCUCGUCGCGCGCCUCGCUCUGCAUCCACAGCCGCACGCACACAGGCGAAACGCCAUUCCGCUGCGACCUCUGCGACAAGGGCUUCAACGUCAAGAGCAACCUGAUGCGCCAUCUGAGGACGCUGCACAACCGCAUAAUGACGCCCAGUCCCAACUACCUCGAGCCGGCGCCCACGCCUUAGGCUCCGCUCUUUCCUACGGCCUCCCAAGUUCUCUGAAAGAACUUUUCAAUCUACUUUUCGCCUUUUGUGUAACUCAGAUCGGCAAUCUUUCGCAAAGGAUUAGCAGCUUCCAAUUUUACCUAAACAAGGCACCUGAAUCAGAAAGUUUUUAUUAGAAAUUUCUAUUCAACUUAUGCAUUGGUGCCGAUUUUAAAAGUGGACCACCUGCGCAAAAAUUUAAAGAUUCCUAAAUAUUCGAGCUCCUUGCAUCUUCCAUGUGGCUUGAUUCUUCCCUUAGAUAUGUAAAUAGCAUAUUUUUGCUGUAGACUGGGAGUUUAAAUGAAUUUGCACCAAUCUCGCGAAUAAUUUGCACCUGUUAGGAAAUAAUUAAGAAUUGAUUCUCUCAGCUUUAGCAGCUUCAAAGAAAAAUGAGUUACUCGAAAGGCGAGUCCAACGGAAGGAAAUUGAGCCUCGAUUUAAAAAUUAAUGUUAUAUUUGCGUGGCUAUCAAGUUAUUUCCGCAGCUUCUCAUUGCUCAAAAGGUGUUUCUCGGCUAUCUGGAAUCUGGAUGUAGUUCCUUGGCUCCGAUUUUGACUCUGUAGCAUAAGACGCUAUUUCAGUGGUACGUACUCGUGUCAAAUAACUGACUAAGAUUAAGGCAAGACUUUUCACUGUGCAUUUCGGUAGCAUUUUGUCUCUUUCUCCAUGUGCCGACAUCGAAUUUGGCUGAUAAUCAAAAGUGGAAAGUUUUACAAAACUCUGAUGCAUGCAACAAAUUUUUAUAUUUUUCAUGUGUACCUGCAUUAGCUCGAUAUGUGUAGCACUUAGUUUCAAUAAAAAAGAUUCAACUCUAA